UAAUUAUACACAUGUAGCGCACAGGAACCCACGCAUUCAUUCGGCUGUCAAUCUGGAAACCGCACUGGACACCCAGCAUCCGUUCCCGCGUAUAGAACUCCUGCUUGCCAUACACAGAGAUGUCGCAAAACGAGGUGAAGGCUGAGUGGAAGACGCUCUAUCAUGCCGGUAAAGACAAUGCCCAGACCACGAGGAGAAAGCUGAUGAAAAAGAUUAAAAAACUGGAUGAAGAGGCUAAGCAGUAUCUGUACGAGAAAGCGGUUGCGCUGUUUAAAGAGAAUCGCCAUGUAGAAGAAGCAGCUGCCGCCGUACAUCGCACUGUGCUACAGUCCAUUGAUGAAUGCACCCGUGAACUCCGUGAAGUCCAGCUAGGGCUGAAUGAAUUAAGGGAAGCGGCGUCCAGAGCCCUAGCGCAAACCACGAAGCCGAAGAAGUCAAGAGACUUGUUGCUCACUGUCCUGCGUAAGCGAACGGAACACCGAGAGCUGUACCGUCGGUCAGUGGAACGAGAACCGGAUCCGUUGAUCCGGAAGGCAGGACAGAAACCGGCGAAGAAAAAGAAGAAGGUGGACAUCCUUGAUAUAUUCCAGCCAGACACUUUUAAUAUGGAUUCCGAUUUGGACGACAAAGAACUGGGCAAACUGAUGCAACGCCAUCUGAAAUCCUUCAGGAAAAUGACAACACAAGCGUUGUGCCAAGCACCAGUGCAAUCAAUGUUUGCGCGAUUGAUGAGUCAAACGGACAAGGUUAAAGGAAAUUACAAAUUCAUCGAACUCCAUGAAACAGGGUUCAAGGCUGACAAGGUCACGGAGUACAAGGAAGCCUUGAUGGAAACAAUUAAGAGAAUGAAUCAAUGGAGCAACGGUUAUGAAAACGGAUUGAUUGGUAUGCUAGAUGUCUAG